AUGGGAGUGAGGAGGUUAGUGGCGGGUGAUGGGAGUGAGGAGGUUAGUGCGGGUGAUGGGAGUGAGGAGGUGAGUGUGGGUGAUGGGGGUGAGGAGGUUAGUGCGGGUGAUGGGAGUGAGGAGGUGAGUGCGGGUGAUGGGAGUGAGGAGGUGAGUGCGGGUGAUGGGGGUGAGGAGGUUAGUGCGGGUGAUGGGAGUGAGGAGGUUAGUGGUGAUGGGGGUGAGGAGGUGAGUGGGGUGAUGGGGGUGAGGAGUGAGGAGGUGAGUGUGGGUGAUGGGAGUGAGGAGGUUAGUGCGGGUGAUGGGGGUGAGGAGGUGAGUGCGGGUGAUGGGAGUGAGGAGGUUAGUGCGGGUGAUGGGAGUGAGGAGGUGAGUGUGGGUGAUGGGAGUGAGGAGGUGAGUGCGGGUGAUGGGGGUGAGGAGGUGAGUGUGGGUGAUGGGGGUGAGGAGGUGAGUGCGGGGUGA